AUGGCAUCUCGACCCAUCAGAAUAGCUGGUUCAUCUGGCUCAGCGUCAGAUAGACGACAUGCAAUGGCAGCAUUCGCCCAGGCUUACAAAGAUGAUCCGGUCGACGUGAUAAUAGCAGACUAUAUGAGUGAAGGUAACAUGGCUGUGACAGGAGCUCGAAAGGUUGACUCGGCUUCUGCUGGUCCAUUGUACUCGGACUCCAAUCCACUUUCGUUAACAGCCCCAGCAUUCGAGGCGUCCUUUUUAGAGGCAUUGGAGCCUGCUUUGGAAGACCUAGCGAGAUACAAGAUCAAGGUGGCAGUCAAUGCCGGAGCCGGUGAUACUGAAGGUUUGUACCGGAUCGUCUGCGACCUGAUCAAGAAGAAAGGUCUUACGAUUCCUGUUGCUUGGAUAUCUGGGGACGAAGUGCUACCGGCCGUUCAGAACGCCCUGAACAGUGGCACUUCCAAGUUCAAGAAUGUGUAUACGGGUGAAAUACUCUCAGACUGGCAAUUUGAGCCCAUCUAUGCACAAGCAUAUCUUGGAGGACUGGGAAUCGCGGAGGCAUUUUCGAAAGGCGCUCAAAUCGUGAUUGCUGGCAGGGUGUCUGAUGCCUCGCCAGUGAUCGGCUCGGCGUAUUGGUACCACAAAUGGACGAGAGAUCAGCUACAUGAACUCGCGAAUGCUUUUGUAGCAGGACAUCUUAUCGAAUGCAGCACUUACAUCACAGGUGGCAACUAUAGUGGAUUUCGUCAGUUGGAAAGUGCUGGAUGGGACGACCUUGGCUUUCCUAUUGCUGAGAUCAGUAAGGACGGCAGUGUGGUGAUCACGAAGCAGAAGAAUAGUGGAGGUACUGUUACCGUCGAUACAUGCUCUUCUCAGCUUGUGUAUGAGAUUCAGGGACCAUACUAUUACAACAGUGAUGUGACGGCGGUGCUUGAUGGCUUGUGGUUCGAGCAAGUCGCGAAGGACAGGGUCGCAUUGCAUGGGGUAAAGGGUGCGCCUCCGCCUCCUACCACGAAGGUGGGCAUCACAGCCAAAGGGGGAUCCCAGGCUGAAGCGUAUUACUUCCUUACUGGAUUGCAUAUCGAAGACAAAGCUCGAAUGCUCGAGGCUCAGCUGCGUAAAGCGAUGGCAGCCUAUUCCAAGGAUUUCACAAUGCUCACGUUCAGCGUUAUAGGGUCAGCGGUUCCUGACGCCGACAACCAGAAUGCAGCAACAGCCACGUUCAGGAUAUUUGCACAGGCAAAAUCAGCUGAUGCACUGGCGCCAAAAAAGUUCUUGCGGCCGAUCAUAGACAACAUCAUGCAAGGGUACCCUGGUGCAACCUUUCACAUGGACUUUAGACAAGGCUUUCCAAAGCCAUUCUUCGAGUACUACGUUGCCCUAUUACCUCAGUCAGAUGUUCAGCACAAACUACAUUUCAGGAAUGAAGACACGACAAUUGAGCCUCCAACUGUCACAAAAAUAUAUCCGGAACGACAACCAAGCAGUUUAGGUCCCAACAUUUCCGUGAACAUGCAGAACUUCGGACCAACUGAGAGAGUGCCGCUAGGUACGAUCGUGAAUGCUCGUUCGGGCGACAAAGGUAGCGACUGCAACUGCGGUUUCUGGGUCAGACACGCAGACGAAUACACGUGGCUCCGGAACUUGUUGACCAUCGACAAUAUUAAGGUCUUGCUGGGAAAGGAAUAUGACACGACACGACGGCCGAAAAUCGAGGUGGAACGGUUCGAAUUAUACAAUCUGAAAGGUGUUCAUUUCUUGUUUCGCAACCUGCUGGAUCGAGGUGUGAACAGUACGAGUAGUGUCGACUUUCUGGGGAAGAAUUGUGCAGAAUUCUUGCGCAACCGGCACGUCGACGUCCCUGUUAAAUUCCUAAAUAGAAGCAGAUUGUAG